UCUCUCCCCCCCUCCCUCCCUCUCUCUGUGAUGCUGUAGCCUCUCUCUCUCCAGUCUCCAGUAAACAGCAGUCAUGGCGACAGUGGUCCAACCGCUCACCCUGGAUCGAGAUGUUGCCAGAGCCAUCGAGCUGCUGGAGAAGCUGCAGGAGUCGGGCGACGUCCCCGGUCACAAGCUCCAGUCCCUGAAGAAGGUGCUUCAGAGCGAGUUCUGCACGGCCAUCAGAGAGGUGUACCAGUACAUGCACGAAACAAUUACAGUGAAUGGCUGUCCAGAGUACCAGGCGAGGGCCACCGCGAAGGCCACGGUCGCAGCCUUCGCAGCCAGCGAGGGUCACUCCCACCCGCGGGUGGUGGAGCUCCCCAAGACGGAGGAGGGGCUGGGCUUCAACGUGAUGGGCGGCAAAGAACAGAACUCACCCAUCUACAUCUCCCGCAUCAUUCCCGGCGGCGUGGCGGAGCGGCACGGCGGCCUGAAGCGAGGGGACCAGCUCCUGUCCGUCAACGGCGUGAGCGUGGAGGGCGAGCACCACGAGAAGGCGGUGGAGCUGCUGAAGGCGGCCAAGGACAGCGUGAAGCUGGUGGUCCGCUACACGCCCAAAGUGCUGGAGGAGAUGGAGGCGCGCUUCGAGAAGCUGCGCACGGCCCGGCGGCGCCAGCAGCAGCAGAUCCUCAUGCAGCAGCAGCAGCAGCAGAACCUGGCGUCUCAGCAGAACCACAUGUCGUAGGUUGUUCCAAAAGAAGAAGAAGGAGUGAACGGACGGGCGGGGGGGGGGAGAGCGGAAAGGUGGAUCUCAGAGACCAUCUGUUUGUGUUGAAGAUCCCAAAGGAAAAGCCUCCGAGGAAAACUAACAAGUGAAAGACUCUUUUACUUCCUCUCUCUCUCUCUCUCUCUCUCUCUCUCUCUCUCUCUCUCUCUCUCUCUCUCUCUCUCUCUCUCUCUCUCUCUGUCUCUCUCUCUCUCUCUCUCUCUCUCUCUCUCUCUCUCUCUCUCUGGCUUCCACCGAUAACCGAGUAAAAAGCCGCGACACUGGUGCUUCGAGGGAGGCGAGCGCUGAACGUCGUCCGGUUUAACUUUGUAUUUCCUUUUAUAAGUUUGUCUCCCUCCGAUCCGGUUGUGGCUCUGAAAGUGAAACUCCCUCUCUUCUUCUCUCGUGUUUGUCGGUUUGUUUACUUUCUGAUCGCUGACAGACGUCCGUUAAAACCGUUUCUCCACAUCGAUAUCAUUUGUACAGUUGAUGUUUCUAUUGAUUCUUCAAUCGGUGCUUGUGUCUCUGUAUGAAUGACCAUUGAUAAUUGAUUAUUGAUUUCUUUGUCCUGUUUUGGAUGAACCUGAACUUUUCUACCUUCCGAACUGUAGCAAGAAAACGGUUUUCUUUUGGUUUUUUUUGUAAUCUGCUAGAUUUAGCAAUAACAGAGAUUCUUCAGUUUCACAUUUCAACCCUGAUUUCAAAUCGCCUCAUUCGUGCAGACAGCAGAUACAGAAGCUGUGUCUCAAUUCAGGGGCUGCAUCCUCUGGAGGCUCCUUCAAAUGCGUCCUUUCCAGAUCCCAGAGAAACAAAGGCUCCAGCGAGCGGACCCUUCUCGGCCCAACGUAUCCCAGGAUUCAUUGCACUUGGGUUAUAAAGACUUAAUGGCGCCGGCGAGCAAAGAGACGUCCGAUCGAUGCUUCAACUCAACCGUGCAGCUAACGGUACACGUUUUAAAAACCAAGGGGCAUUCAAACGUUUCUCGUCUGUUGCCAGGUAACAGCAAUAAGGGGCGGGGACAAGAGCGUCUCAUUCUCAUUCCGAGAGACGCAGCUGAAUUGAGACAGAGUUUACGGGAUGGGUGCAAAAAUAAAAAAAGGCGAACUGGGUCUUGUGCACCGAACGGCAGCUUCUGAGUCCAAAUCUGUGCCAUUUAAAGAGAUUAUCGAUGUACAGGUGGCAUAACAUGUGCAAUAAUUAUUAUUAUUAUUAUUAUUAUUAUUAGAGCUACUCCCAGAUGAGAUUUAUCCAGAAAAAUAACAAAUAUAUGUCUGAUCAGAAAUAUUAUCCACGUCCUACAAACUGAAUCAGCAGUUUUUUCAUUAGGAUUAAAUGAUGUUUAUUUUUCAGAUGCUUCUAUUCUAUAGUUUAUGAGAUGAGAGAUUUUAACACAAAGUUUUAUCGUUUCCCUUUAGAAUAUUACGUGUUUAGAUUAUUAUUAUUAGUUGUAUAACAGCACAUUAAGUAGUUUCUGUUCUGACAAUCACAGUGAGCUGAGCGACGAGACCGUGUCGAACCUUCUUCUUCUCUUUCUCUCGUCUGUACCUGUAAAGAAAAUCUGUUUCUCUACCAAAAAGCUCCAGAGUCAAAGUGGUGAAUCCACCAGGUCUGUGUUUACUCCUCCGCCGUCUCCAUCUUUGGUGCUAAGUUCUCCUUCUGACUUCACCUCCCUGUUGAUGUCUGUGUUUCUCACACUGUCUCGUGUUUUCUUUCUUUUCUGAGACGUUCACUCACUCACUCACUUCUUCUUCUCUUUCGUUUUGCCCCAGUCAUGCAGACUUACACCCUGAGGCUGUUUCCUCUUUAUCACGAAUCCAAAACACUAAGCACAUCAUUUCUUGCCCAGGGGACUUUUAUGUUUUUCCCCUCAGCAGAAUGAAAAGCUGCUGAUUAUUUCUUUGGUAUCAUGGAUUUAUUGAUCUAAUGUUAAGGAUCCAUUCUACACUUUUUCCUAAAUAACCUGAUAGCGUUAAAGUCGCCUGACGCUGAAGCUUUUUUCGUGUUCGGUGACAUUAACUCUGAGGUUUUACGGGAAAUUCUAAAGUUUUUUGUUCAAGCAGAACAUCUGAAUACGACAGAUCCCUUUUUGUAUCUUUCAAUCACAGGUACUUUUCUUAAUUGACUUGCAUUUUUGAAGCUGAUGGUCCUGUACUUAACGUAAAGAUAAAAAAAUAAAUAAAAAAAAGACAACAAAACUGUUGAUAUGCAAUUGUUAUACAUACUAUAUUUGUAUAAAUAAAUCUAUGUGCUUGUGUACAGUGAA